AUGGCUGAGAAGACUGGUGACAACAGUGGUAAAGGCGAGAAGCAAGUCGACUUGAUUUUUUUUAUGGGCUUGAGUGACAAUCCUGGCAACGUGAUUACACCAAUCCAAUUGUGUGGUUCAAAUUAUGAUGAAUGGGCAAGGGCCAUUCGAACCUCGUUACAAGCAAAGAGAAAAUACGGUUUUGUGGAAGGGAAAGUCCCAAAACCAACAACACCUGAGAAACUGGAGGAUUGGACUGUAGUCCAUUCGAUGCUCAUAGCAUGGUUGCUCAACACGAUUGAGCCUUCACUGCGUUCUACUCUUUCCUAUUACGAUGAUGCACAAUCCUUGUGGACUCAUCUCAAGCAGCAUUUCUGUGUUGUGAACGGGACUCGUAUAUGCCAAUUAAAGGGAUCUCUGGGAGAAUGUAAGAAGGGCAAGGAUGAAGAGGUCUCGGUCUACUUUGGCCGUCUAUCUCAUAUCUGGGAUGAACUUGUGACUUAUAUCAAAAAGCCAACAUGCACAUGUGGAGGAUGUCUGUGUGAUAUCAACAAACAAGUGACUGAUUUGCUUGCCGAAGACUACCUGCAUCAUUUUCUUAUUGGUCUAGAUGGAGCUUAUACAACGAUUCACUCCAAUUUGCUUUCUCAGGAUCCAUUACCCAACAUCGAUCAAUCAUACCAGCGAGUUAUACAAGAUGAACGACUGUUGCGCGGGGAUUCUUCCACUCAUCAAAACCGUAACAAUAUCAUGGCUUUUCGAGUUACACCCGAUGCGCGAGAGAAGGCCACGAAGACAACUCAUGUUUUCAGCUUCAUGGGUUCCCUGAGUGGUGGGGGGGGUCGUCCUCGGGAUGGACGUGGACCAGGUUGUGGCGGCGCAACGGCAGGAAGAGGAUCAGGCCGUUCAGGUGGGCAUGGCAGGGGCACCCACAACGCACCUGUGCGCGCCAAUAAAGCAGCAGUAGGUACCAGUUGCAGCGGUGCUAAGGAUGGGCAAUCUCAUGCUCCACCAAACUCGAUUGAGACAGCAGGUAUCUCAGGCCUUACUUCAGCACAGUGGCAACAAAUUCUUGAUGCUUUGAACGUUUCCAAAACCAAGGAUCGUCUUCAUGAUUACAAAUAUACCAGUGGGAUUGCCGGAUGGGAAAGAUGCAACUGCUACGAAGGAGGGCAGUGUGAUCUUAGAUGGUGGAUUGACCGGACGACGAGGAAGUUGAUUGGAGCGGGUGAACGGAGUGAUGGACUUUACUUUUUCUGGGGUGUUCCAAAGCUGCAUGCAUUGGUGGUGGAAGGGGUUUCGUCAAUGGAUUUGUGGCAUAAACGUUUGGGCCAUCCGUCGGUCAAGGUGUUAAAGUUCCUCCCUACAGUAAGUUCGUUUGAUAGAAGCACAAAUAAAAAAACUUGUGAUAUUUGUCCACGUGCUAAGCAGCAUAGGGAUAGUUUUCCUUUAAGUGAGAAUAAUGCAAGUAGUUUGUUUGAAUUAGUUGAUUGUGAUUUGUGGGGAUCUUAUCGAACUCCUUCCUCAUGUGGGGCACAAUAUUACUUGACAGUUGUUGAUGAUUAUUCGCGUGCAGUUUGGGUUUAUCUAUUAUGCAAUAAAACUGAGAUUGAGACUAUGUUUAUGAAUUUCGUGGCAUUUGUUGAUAGACAAUUUGACAAGAAAAUCAAGAGAGUUCGCAGUGACAAUGGCACCGAAUUUAAUUGUCUACGUGAUUAUAUUUUAAAGCAAGGGAUAGUGUUUGAGACAUCAUGUGUAGUCCCUAAAUUUGAUAACAUGAAAAUUUUUGGUUGCUUAUGUUAUGCCCAUAAUCAACGUCGUGACGGGGAUAAAUUUGCUAGUAGAAGUCGAAAGUGUAUCUUUGUGGGAUAUCCCUAUGGAAAAAAGGGAUGGAAAUUGUAUGAUUUGGAAUCAAGAGAAUACUUUGUCUCUAGAGAUGUGAAAUUUUAUGAGCAUGAAUUUCUUUUUUCUGCGCAACAUGACCCUACUCAUUCUCCUUCUCCCAUUGAGUAUACUGCUGAUGAUAUUGAUGCAUCCCAUGGAGGGGGGUUGUAUCCAUGA